UUCAAGAUAUGCUUCUUUACAACUGAUAAAAAUGUACGGGACUUUUUGGUUGAAAUUUUAAGAGAAAAAAAUUAUUUUUCUGAAAAAGAAAAAAGAACUAUAGACUUCGUGCAUCAAGUAGAGAAGUUUUAUUCAGGACAUUUCCAAGAAAAUAUGCAGAUCCAGUCUUUUCCCAGGUAUUGGAUGAAGGAACAAGAUAUUUUCAAGCACAAAUCUGUUUUGGACUCAUUCCUGAAGUAUGAUCAUAAAGAUAAAUUUAACAAACAGGAUCAUAGAAUUGUGUUAAAUUGGGCUCAGUGGUGGAAUCAACUAACAAAAGAAUCCAUCCUUCUCCCCAGGAUAAGUCCGGAAGAAUACAAAUCAUAUUCUCCCGAAGCCCUCUGGAGAUACCUCACAGCUCACCAUGAUUGGUUAAGCAUUAUCUUGUGGAUUGGAGAAUUUCAGACCCAGGAUAGUUGUGCUUCACUUCAGCAGAACAAAUGGCCCCCUCUGACUGUUAAUGUUAUUGAUCAGAAUACCUUCUGCAACAACUACAUGAGGAAUGAAAUUUUAGAUAAGUUGGCCAGGAAUGGGAUUUUUCUUAAAUCUGAACUAGAAGACUUUGAACUCUUCCUUCUAAGACUGAACCAUAUCGGGGGUGUGAUGCAAGAUACCCUCCCUGUUCAAAACUACCGAUCCAAAGAAGGUUGGGAUUUCCAUUCUCACUUCAUUGUUUAUUGUUUGGAACACAGUCUGCAGUAUCUUCUUUAUGUCUAUCUUGACUAUUACAAACUUAGUCCUUCAAAUUGUCCCUUUUUGGAAAAAAAAGAACUGCAUGAAGGUCACCCUUGGUUUGAAUUUUUAGUUCAGUGUCGACAAGUUUGCAGUAAUUUAACAGGUAUGGGUGUACUGUAUUAAAUGCAAAAAUUUCCU